UAUGAUUAUAAAUAUCCAUUUAAAUUAAUUCAUUCAUAAUCACAAUACAGGCACUCACAAAAUUUACAUAUAAACAUGAACAAAAUUUAACUACGAAAUUCAUAAUCACAAUACAGGCCCUCACAAAAUUUACAUAUAAACAUGAACAAAAUUCAUGUACAAUAUGGAAUGUACGAGAAGCUUUAGCCUUCCAUUUUUGACGGGAUUCAUUUUCCCACAUUUGCACUAUCCUCAGUGUUUUUCUCAGAUUUUUAUCCUGUAAUUAAACAGAAAGACUUGUCAUUUGGAUGCUGCUAUUCCCAUGAACUUAAUGACUUAUGAUUUUCACUUGCUUAGGAUAUAAUUCCCUACUCUUUGCAACUUAUGAUUGUAAUGCUAAUUAAUCUUUUCUCCUCGAGUCACUUCUAGACUUUUUUCAUAUGCCCAUCAAGAAAAUAUUUUUCAUUUCUGUCAUUCCCCCUGUCCUAAUCUAUAUAUACAUUUUCCUCCUCUAAGAUUUAUUAUUUUUAUUCAAAUGCAUCCUCCCUUUUUUCCUUACAAGAAAUUUUCAAUUCAAAAAUGGAUUUUUUUUUAAAUAAUAUUUCAGGCAAAAUUCCUAUGAUCAUUUAGAAAUAUCGAGAAAACAUUUAGGAUGGAUACAUAAAUCAAUGAACAGAUGAAAAAUGGAUAAUUCAUUGGGAAGCAGUUUUAUGGCAGCUUUUGCAGUUUCAGGCAGCGUGGUGGUUUUUCUAGCCAUGCAAGUUCAUAAGCGCCUUCUUUCUAAUUUCAUGAAGAAGAUGGAAUUCGAAAUUGGCCAUGCAACAGGAUCCGUGAAAGAUCAAGAAUCUAUGAAGGUGAGAUUUGCUGAUGAUGUGGUAGAGGUAUCAUCAAAAGAUCAAAAGUCACGUCCGAAGAAGCAUCUGCAUAAAGCCAGCAACCGAAACGGUGGUGAAAAUAUAGAUGCGCCGCCCCUCAAUUGGCAAGCAUUGUACAAAGGGAUUUUGCAAUAUAGAAAUCUUAAGGGUUACACUUAAAUCUUCAUAAAAUGAA